UAGAUCCUGACAGCGACUCUGCCGUCAGGCCAUCAAAGCAUUUCUAUAUCUGGAAUCUGAUCCAAACACAAAGCAGCUCUCCAGAAAUACUGCAGCAGCCGCCCUCGCCGCUGACCUCCACGUAUCGCUUUCCUUUCAACAUCCUGCAACGGAAAUCUUGAGACGGCAACAUGGAUGGGUUGAGGGUGCAGACUCCAGUUUCAAGGAGUCCUCAUGUGUGGGGCUGGUUGCUAAGGACUCCUGGCUCCAUAGCAACAGCAGGAGAUUACUGUGACACCAUCGACAGGCAGCAAGCCACAUCCAGCCUGCUGCAAGCUGACAUGGUGUCUGAAAAACAAGGGCUUCGGUCCAGAUUUGGUCCAUCAAACAGAAUCUUAGAUCUGGCGCAGCACAAAACCUCAAAAACCAUUUGGGCCACGACUCCUUGUGAGAGGCUGAGCUGGGGCAACCAGGAGCCGGUAUGGCCCGUCUCCACUUCCGCGCUCGGAGCCGUUCCAAGUGCAAGAAUCCAAUACCUGGCCAGGCACAAAAGAGACUUCUCAGCAAGGGAGGACCCCCAGAGGAAGGAGGAGGAGGCGAGCUUCUUCAGGAAGACCCGGCGUCCUUCCUCCAGGGCGUCCCAGUACGAGCACAUUGUCCGCUUGUCGACACCCAGAACUGGGAGGCGCAUCUCCCAGGAAGCAGGGCCUCCUCACACACCUCAGCGCGACAACAACUGUCCCAUCUGGCACGUUGAUCCCAAAGUGAAAGCCGCUGUGAUCACACUGCGGCUGCUGCAGCUCUCCAGCCCCAAACGGAUCCAUCCGGACUUCCAGAGCAACCGAGAGAGUGUCGCAUCCGUCGUUUCCUUUGCUUCCAAGAGGACCCAAGCGUCUCAGCGCCUGGUCCAGCUGUCCCUGCCCAGGCUGAAGGAGAGCAACGUCUGCUGGCAGCUCGGCCGCCCGGAGGAAUCCAUCUGGACUGUUUCAAAGGCAGCACGGAGAGCCACAGCAAGCGCUCGGGUUGAAACGCUGGCGACGCCGAAACAGCUCUCCAAGAACUACGUCCCUCCACGGGAACCAGAGUGGAGCCGACAAAGUGUCUCGUCCACCUGAGCGUCGUCCCUCAGCAUCACAGCCAAGUCAGCGCUCAUCAGUUUGUGCUCUUUCUGAAGCUCAUUCAGCCUAAAGCUGCAGACUGUUCACAAUAUGAUCCCGGUUCUGAAGGGAGGUUAAAUAUGUUUACAUCUUGAUUUCAAAGACAAACACAGCAAUGAUUAUCACUGGGGCUCAUUUACAUUGACUUUUACCUUGUCCAAAGAUCCUCCCAUUCGACGCUUUUUAAAUUCUUUUGAGCUGAUAAAGUUUUUUAGAUAAUUUGCAGUAAAGUACUCAAAUAAAAAUAAAUUUAACUGCAAACCCCAAACAAACAAAUCAGAAUUUAGUAAAAGGAUGUACAUGACAGCAUCAAAAUUAACUAAAACAAAUGAAUAUAAACUAAAAAAAUAAUACAAAUUACCACAUUUUUAGAAAAUCAAGCUGAUCAAUUAUAUAAGUUUUAAAUAUGUUGAAAUUCCAAACUCAGUAUUGAGACAUCUGGAGGGUAAAUGUGAGUAAGAACUCAAAUACUCUUGUCUGUUUUUUGCAGUUCUGUGGUUCUGGUCGCCUGUUGAUAUCAUUACCAUGUGCACAAAACCUUGAGUAAAGAUUUUGGACUGCGAUGUUAGAAUCGAUGAAAUAUUGCUGGUUUGAAUGUCAGAGAGAAGGUGAAUAAUGUCAGGAAUAAAAACACGUCUGUGAUCUGCAGCCUUUGUCUGAGCCUCAGUAUAAAAUGAUGAUCCACAGGGUUUUUCCUUUGCAGCUGAGCUGCAUUCUGCCUUUAGAUCACAACCAUGUGUGAAUGGAUCCAGACUGCGUCGGAUCAGAGGUGGUCCAGCCAGCUUUCCCUUUGGGGACAGAUGUUUUUUGGGUGCCAUGAGUAUUUUCUGCUAUAUUUGCGUGCAAGCCUUCCAGAAGCUCCUCUUUCUCCUGUUAGAGGUCACGACUUUGUGAAAAUAUCACGAUCUGGCCACAGUUUGAUUCACAAAGGCUGCUGGGGUUCGGUCUGGAAAUCCGCUGUAAUCCCCCCCCCACACACACACACAAACACACUGCCGGUGCCUGUAAGUGAGUUUUUCAUAAAAAAUAGUCACAGUUCACGUGUCAGAGGUGGAGGCCUUGUGCUGUAAUUUGAUUUGGAGCGCUGCAGGUGGUGGCAGCCAGCGUGGGUUCAGAUCAGCGCAUGUUUGCGACCCAACUCGGCCAGACAUCAAAGAGAUUGAACCCACAC